AUGGAAUAGGGUGAGAUGAGAAUAUGUUAGAAACAUAAGAUGGAGAUAAUUAUAGUGGAUCUUGAAAGUAGGAUUGCUUAGGAGGAUAGAUGUUUAUGUGUGAGAUGUAUAAUUGAGAGAAUGGAUAAGAAGAGAAUGAAUUUGAUAGAUGAAACAAGGGAUAUGAUAAAAGAAAUGAAGAUAAAUGAAUAGAAUUAAGGGAUUAAGGAUAACAAGAAGAGAUUAGAUAAUUUGAAUGCAAUUGAAUAAUUAUUAAGGGAACUUAAAUAAAAUAUGGAUUCUAUAUUUGAUAAGAUAUUUAGUAAUAUUCAAUUGAAAUUGAGUUAGAUAUCCUAAGAUAUAAGUAAAAUUGAAACAUAAUCAAUUAUAUUUAAUUUUUAAGAUGAUAUUGAAAGAUUAUCUUAAUAUUAAGAAUAUUAAAUUAAUGAAUAAUCAAUUAAUUUAAUUGAAAAUGAUCAUCAAUUUAUAGAACAAAUACAAAAAUAAUUAGAGUCUUUUAUAAAUUCUGAAUAAUAUAAUAAAUUAAUGAAUAAUUAGAAUAUUAUAAGAAAAUCUGAAUUAAAAGAGGAUUUAAUUAAUAAUGAAUAGAAAUAUGAAAUGAUAAAAACAUAAGAUUAUGUAUAUUAUUUAAUAUUUAUAAUGAAUUAGAAAACACCUGCAUUGAAAAUGAUUUGUUAAGAACAUACAAAAGAGAUUAUAAUGUUUAAUUUGAAUGGAAAUUGUAAUUCAUAACCGAGAAUGGCAUGUGUUAAAUGUAUUUAAUAAUAUCCUGCAUAAUAUACUCCUUUAGAAGAUGUUAUUAUUUAAUGGGAAUCAUAUCAAAAGAGAAAUUAAAGUAAUUUGAAUGAAUUAUAAAAUACAAGGAAUUCUAUUUAAUAGAAAAUACUAAAAAUGAUUUAAGAAGUUAAAUUAUAAAAUGAUCAAAUAUUUGAUGAAUUAAUAUAAUCUUUAAUUAAUUAAGAAUAAUCAAUAGAAUAGAUGAAUUAGAAUGAAAUGAAUAAUAAAUCAAUUUAUUAAUUAACAUCUAAU